AUGUCUAAUUCAGACAAAAGUUCUCUAAGUUCCGAUGAACAUAUUCGAUAUACCCUGGCAUCAAAUGCGGAUACAGAUACAGAUAGUGAUUACAACGUUGAUCAUGAUGAUCAAGAUGAUAACAUGGCCCAUUCGUCCGGGGAGUCAUCUGGUGAUUUAUCUGAUGAAUCCGAUGAUUCUGAUUCAGAUGACAAUGAAGUAGAUGAUAGUGAUACAUCAGUUGAUGCCGAAUGGAUAGAAGGUGAUCUUGAAGCACAUUUACCUCAAUUUGAUGGUACAUUUGAAUUAUCGGAAGGUGUGAAUUUACCAUCUUCACCAUCACCAAUUGACAUUUUCACGUUAUUUUUAUCAUCGGAUAUUGUCGAUCACAUAGUUCAACAAUCUAAUUUAUAUCGUACACAACAAAAUUUAAAACAAGAUCCAAUGAAUGAUUUGGAUUUUUAUCAAUUACUAGGAUUUUUAUCUUAUGCCUCAUUGAUCAGAUUGCCUAGUAAAGACGAUUACUGGUCACAAUUGUCAAUGCAAGAAAUUAUUGCAAAUAAUAUAACACGUAAUCGUAUUGAUGAACUAUUACGCACGUUACAUUUCAAUGACAAUGUUUUGAAUGCAGCGAAAUGUGAUAAAAUCCAACCAUUGAUUGAUCUAUUCAAUAAACGCUGUGCAGUAUUAGUCGAUCAAGAAGAACACAUGUCAGUUGAUGAACAAAUGGUUGGUUAUAAAGGCAAAACAGCUCCGCCAUCACUAAAACAAUAUAUGCCAAACAAGCCAUCAAAACAUGGAUUUAAAUUAUGGUCGAAAAGCGGAGUAUCAGGCUUCGUAUAUCAAAUCCAAUUAUAUUGUGGUGCCAAUAAAGCUGCUCCCAAACCAACAAUGACCGGUCCGGCUAGUAUAUUAGCACGAACAACUCGAUUAGCUGCUACAACUGUUGAUAAUUAUGAAGAGACGACAAGACAGCAUGAAGACAGAAAGAAAUUUGAUACUUCCGGAAUGGUGGUACUUGAUUUACUUAAAAAUGUUCCAGAAGGGACAAAAGUUUUCGUUAAUAAUUACUUCGGAUCAGUUGCAUUGAUUCGAAAAUUAACUGAAUUGGGUUUCGGUGUUGUAUGUACAUUACGACGCAAUCGAAUUGAUAAGUGUCCGUUACUAUCAGAAAAAGAAAUGAGAAAAAAAGUUCGUGGUUUUAAUGAUUAUCGUGUAACAAAUGAUAAACAAUGUGUAUUGGUGGCUUGGAAAGAUUUGAAAUGUGUUCUUAUCGGAUCAAAUUAUGUUGGAAUAGAACCAAUUGUGAAAUUGGCACGAUGGGAUAAGAAUCAACGGAAAAAAGUGGACAUAUCAGCACCACAAAUUAUCAGUGUAUAUAAUAAACAUAUGGGUGGUGUGGACACAACCGAUAUGUUAUGUUCCUUACAUCCAAUACCAUUCCGAUCCAAAAAGUGGUAUAUGCGGCUUGUUUGGCGUGUAUUUGAUCUUAUGCUGUCGAAUUCGUGGUUAAUAUGA